AUGGACCAAGCGGAUCCGGCCAUUCGUGAGUUUAUGGCUCACAGCCGCACAGUUGCAGCCAGUGCCGAGCUGCAAUCAAGUGCUAUUCCAGCCCACUUCUGGGCAAGGAAUCAAGAUUCCAGAACUUUCAGGGCAAAAAAUGCCGAAAAGCCCAGUCUGAAAGAAGCUGGAAAACCCGGGCCGAAAGAUGUCGGAAAACCCGGGCUGAAAGAUGCCGGAAAACCCGGCCCGAAAGAUGCCGGACAACCUGGACCAAAAGUCGCCAAAAAGCAAAGACCAAAAGAGGGAAAACCUGGGCUGAAGGUUGACGUUAAUCCGGCUUCUUUCGAAAAAGAUAUCAAUCCGGCCGUUGCCGAGCUGGUGUCUGGCCCAAAGAAAGCCACUAUUAGAGAAUCUUUGCUGUCUAAAUAUGAGUUUUCUUUGUGUAAUGUCCUUGGCGAGGGCAGCUUUGGCAAGGUGUACAAAGGGACGCGUAGGUCUGAUGGCAAAGAGGUCGCCAUCAAACGAAUGGAGCGAAAUAAAGACGACAAAUAUCUUUUUAUCCCUGGAUACACCGAACCGCUCCUUACAGAAGUGGGGUUAACUCUUAAAAUGCAAGAAUGCCACAGCCCCUUUGUCAUCGAAAUGUAUGACUGGUACGAGGAUCCCAACAUGAUCGCACUCGUGUUGGAGUAUCCUCAACCCAGUCAGACACUCUGGGAGUUUUUGAACUCGCGCCGUACACCACUGAGUGAAUCAACAGCACGACCACUGAUGUACCAGGCUGUCCAAGCAGUGCAACACUGUCUGGAUCAUGGCGUUUUCCAUUCUGACGUCCAUCUAGGAAACUUCUUGUUGGACCAAGUGAACAUGAAGCUGACCUUGAUCGACUUCGGCCUUGGAAAUCUACUUACGGACGACGGCUAUGAUUCAAAAGGCUUUAAAGGAGCUGUGCAUUGCACCCCACCCGAGGCGCACGCCAAGUCCAAAAAAAGGCGACAAAAUCUCACAAGCUUCAGCUUAACAAGAAAUAUUUUUCAAAGGGUGAGUGAAAAGCACAAACGGAGGCAGAACAUCUCUGAUCAGAUGCACAGUAUCCGUGAAAGACAUCGGUCACUAAACAUGGAUGGAUGGACAAUAUUAUCAUCAUAUGACAGCUCUUUGGGUUAUUGUCAUUUGUGUGUCAUGACUAACAAGCUCUCUCCUAAAACUUGUACAGAACUCUGUGAUCUGAUUAAACGGUGCUUAGACAUGAAUCCAGCUAAACGGCCGACGAUCCAGGAGAUCUUAGAUCAUGACUGGUUUAAGAUGGACUAGAAAGAAAGGCAGUGAAAUGGAUUCAGUCCAUCAGAUACACAGUGUGAGGUAACAGACAGAUUAGGAAACUACAUUUGUAAGAGAGACGUGCUUUAUGUCUUUGUGUAGUUAGAUUUAUGUAGAGUAGUAAGAUUGAGUGUUCUUGUUCUUGUUUCUCCU